GAGGAUGAAAAAAAUGAUCCAAAAGUUUAAAACUUUAAAUUAACUAAAUAUUGGUUGGAGAAUAUGAUACACAAAAUUGCAUAGUUUUGAGAGGAUUAGAAGUAAUCCUUUCAUGGAUUUUGGCAAGUUUCAAAUGCACUUUUUGAUAUUUUCUUUUCCUUUUGUUGAACUUUAUGUUGUGCAAAUCCGAUGUCAGUAGAUUACCAUUGAUUUUGUACGCUCUUUAAAGCAGGUCUCAUCCAUUUGCAAACCCGCAGUUUUCUCUCUUCGUCUCUCCGAUCAUUGGGAGCAAUUGAAGCUUCAUUUAUUCAGUUGUCUGUAUUUGGAUUCUCUGAGAUGGGUUUCUCUUUUGAACCCAACUGAUUGAUUGUUUCAACCCGAUGGUUGCUUCGGGAAGAUAGUUUCUUGACUUUCUUUCUAUUUAUGCUUAGUGGGGUGGAGGGGUUAGCUUCUGGGGAUUAUGCGGAUUGCUUUGAUGAUAUCUCUUAUUGUACCAAGGUUUUGUUUGUGAAUCAUGAUUUGGAGCUGUUGGGGUUGAAGAAGUUUACAAGAACAAGGAUAGUGAUUUGGGUGUUGGGGUCAGGUGGGUUUGUUUUCAAACCUCGCAAGCUUUGAUCUUGCUGUAUAAUGGAGUCAUGGAACUAUGGUUCUCAAGGGAAGGGAUUCGUGUCUGAUGAGAUGAAUUCAUCCACUAAUUCACCUCUGAGAAGUAAAUAUUCGUUGUUGGGUUGGGAAUUCAAGAACCCAUGUAGUUUUGUGGAGAAUCAGAGCUUUGGGGAGCUGGAAUUUCCCCAAAUGGUUGGCAAGCAAUUAGCUGAUGAGUCUGUCAGCCAUGGCCUGAAUACCAAAAUUGAAGAGGAGUCCACUUCUAAGCUCUCUGGCUCCAUUGUAGACUCCAACAAUCGGGAUUCAUCUCUUAUUGAUUUGAAGCUUGGCAGAUUUAUUGAUCAAGGCGAUGCUCAUAGUUCCAAAUACUCCAAGAGAGCUGCAAUUUCAUCUUCCACUGAAUCAUCAACUUCUCAGAAGAGAAUGCGAAGUCAAGGAGUGAAUUUCCAGGCUGCGUUUUGCCAAGUCUAUGGCUGUAACAAGGAUCUCACCUCCUCUAAAGAGUAUCACAAGAGACAUAAAGUUUGUGAGGUUCAUUCAAAGACUGCCAAAGUUAUUGUGAACGGCAUAGAACAGAGAUUUUGUCAGCAAUGUAGCAGGUUUCAUUUGCUGGUUGAAUUUGAUGAUGGUAAACGCAGCUGUCGUAAAAGGCUUGCAGGCCACAAUGAACGCAGAAGAAAGCCUCAAGUCAGUUUUCACUCGGGAAGGGCACAGAGAUUGCUUCAGCCAUAUAAUGGUAUUGGGGACAGCAGAUUUCAGGAGAAAACUCCGACAGCAACUUCAUUUAUCUGCAAAGAUAUAUUGUCUAGUGGUCUUUAUUAUCCAGAGAAGCUUGGAGACAAUGAUUGGUGUAAGCGUGUUCUAGUUGAGGGCAAGAAUGACUAUAAUCCUAUAUCUGCAACUUCAUUGAGCAACAGGCAUUUGAAUGUGAAAUCUCCAUUGCUUCCCUAUGAUUUUGAAGUACAGAUUCCUCCUUUUCAAGAACAUGGAACUAGUACAGCUCCUUCAGUAAACAACAUGUUAUGCGACACAACUUGCCAGUAUUCCCAUAAUGUGGGAGGUCCUCAUAUUGAUACAACACAUCCUUUGUUCCACCACACUACCUUAUCAAGCGAAGACUUUGGAGUUUAUGAUGCAGCAUCAACCAUCCAAGGACUUUCUGGAAUUCCAGACUCUGGUUGUGCUCUCUCUCUUCUGUCAUCUCAAUCACAAACUGCAUCGAACCAUCCAUCUAUAGUUCACAUUCCUCGUGCUUUCGUUAUGUCCGAGAGUCCAUCGAAUUACAGCAUGAGCGAACUCUCCGAAAAGCUCAUGGGAGUGAGCUCACAGGCUUCUUCGACUGGGAUUUCGAGUAAGUUUGCCUCGGGGAUGAGUGAAGCUCAAAUGGGUCCGAUAUUGACGUGUGAUCGUAAUGAUCGUACUGUCGCCUUUCAGAUUCCUGAUGGGGUUCUUCAUAGAUCGGGUUUGGUGAAUUCCAAGGCUAAUCUUUCGUAUGAACACACUCCAACUAUCGACUUACUACAACUUUCAUCACAACUCCAUCGAGUUGAACAUCAAAGGCACUCCAUGCAGGACUCGGCCUAGGAGACUUCGUGAAGGCUGUUGUGAAGUUGAAACUUGAACCUAUUGGACCUAUGUCAAUGAUACAUUUUGUUAGCCAAGGAGAGAAUAAAUUGUUGUAUAAUUUUCCUAUCUAGUACACCUCUAACCUUGUCUUCUUUCUUGAUUCUGCUGCUGUUCCUAUAAUACCAAUGCUUUUAUUUUGAGACUAACUCGUCGAAUCCCGAAAAAAUUUCGUUGUAAAAUAUAGUUCAUAUGGUUAUUGUAGUCCUAAGAGACCUGCCCUUUGAUUAAGAUGCUACACUUAUGCUUAACGUC